GUUCUCUCCGAAUCCUCCCCAACUGGCAUUUCUGGGAUUAAAUUGAACCAGAAACGCAGAUUUCACACAGUACACACACUGGUGUGGAUAAAUUGGGAGUGAUUUUGUCUCCAUUGAUUAACCAGAAACGCACGGAGUCCUUGAUUUGGAGUAGCUGAAUUUGAAAGAAAAGAUGAUGAAGAUGGGAUCGGAUGAGAAUUUUCCGGGCGUGAUCAAGCCUUCUUCAAACGCUCAAGGGGGUUUGAAGGGUGGAGUUGGAAAAUUUGCAGCUGGUGUGGGGAACAACAGAAGGGCUUUGAGUGUAAUCAAUAGGAACAUCAUUGGAGCUCCUCCUUACCCUUGUGCUGUUCACAAAAGAGGGGUUUUGGCAGAGAAAAACGAGGCCGGUGGUAAGAACUGUGUCGGUCCAGUGCAUCGUGCUGGCACAAGGAAGUUUGCUUCUGGAUUGGCUGGAAAAGCACAGCAUUCCUCAUUUCAGGAAGUGAAGCCAUCAUCAGUUCGUCGAACUACUUCAAGUACGAACCAGCCCCACGACUGCAUUAUUAUCGAUGCAGAUGAUGACUACAAGAAUUUGGAUGAUCAUGAUGUGCCAAUGUUUGUGCAGCACACAGAAGCUAUGCUGGAAGAGAUUGAUCGAAUGGAUGUUGAAGUUGAAAUGGAAGAUAUCGAUGGGGAGGACGAGGAGGAGCCAGUAAUCGAUAUAGAUAGCUGUGAUAAAAGCAAUCCACUUGCAGUUACUGAAUACAUUGAUGAUUUAUACACUUACUAUAAAAAGAUGGAGAGCUCAUGCUGUGUCCCUUCAAACUAUAUGGCACGCCAGUCUGAUAUCAACGAACGAAUGAGAGGCAUCCUCAUUGACUGGCUGAUCGAGGUGCAUUACAAGUUCGAACUGAUGGACGAGACGCUGUAUCUAACUGUCAAUCUGAUAGAUAGAUUCUUAGCCCUCCAACCAGUGGUGAGGAAGAAACUGCAGCUAGUUGGUGUCACUGCUAUGCUCCUAGCUUGCAAAUACGAGGAAGUCUCUGUCCCCGUUGUCGAGGAUCUUAUUGUGAUAUCCGAUAAAGCCUACUGCAGAAAAGAAGUCCUAGACAUGGAGAAGUUGAUUGUGAAUACCUUGCAGUUCAAUAUGUCGUUGCCAACGCCCUACGUGUUCAUGAAGCGUUUCUUGAAAGCCGCACAAUCUGAUAACAAGAUGGAGCUUUUGUCCUUCUUCAUAAUCGAGCUCUGCCUCGUUGAGUACGAGAUGCUGUGCUUCACUCCAUCGAUGCUAGCAGCUGCUGCCGUCUUCACUGCUCAAUGCACUCUCAGUGGAUGCAAGAAAUGGAGCAAGACGAGCCAAGUGCAUACGAGCUACACUCAAGAACAGCUCAUGGAAUGUGCGGCGCUGAUGGUGAAUUUCCACCAGAAGUCGGGAACCGGAAAGCUCAGUGGUGUGCAUAAGAAGUAUAGUACUUCCAAAUAUGGCUAUGUUGCAAGAAUCAAACCUGCUGAUUUUCUCAUUGAUGAUGAAUACUGAUUUGUAUUGAUGAUCAAUGCUGCGUAGAUUGACACAAUCCAACACUGUGUUAUGUAAUUUUCUGUCCAAGAAAAUUCACUAUUUUUACUAUAUUUGAUGUGUAUAUAUGUUGAUGGGAUACUUGCUUAA